AUGAUCCAAGACCGACUCAAUGAUGCGGCUAUCGCCCUCUGCCGCGUUUUGGACAAUGCUCAAAUUCACUUCGGUAUCUUCGGGGGAUAUGCAGUCGCCGUCAUGGGUGGACCCCGCGAGAGUAAGGAUAUCGAUUGCCUCGCUGCAGUCACCAAAGAACAAGCAGUUAAGCUUCUCGAUGGUGUCGAUGGGUUUUCGGUGAUCCCGCAGACCCGAGAAGACUACGUUGCCUUUUUGUGGUCUGAUCAACCUGAUCGCAAGCACGCAGUGCUCGUGGAAAUCUUCUGCGAACAGUUUCCAGGCGCACGAUAUUCCAUGGCCGACAUUUCCACCAAUGUACGAUCGGUGAAUGGCCAGUCUCUGGGACCCGGAGAUUCAUCCUUCUUCGACCCGUUUUACCUGUUUAAGGGGAAGCUCCGAGCCGCAUCUCAACGAGCCAAAUUUCACGACUCGGCCGACCUCCGUUGGCUUGGCUCUCAUUACUGGAUGCAAAUCAAGGCAAGAGCAAACGAGCUCAAUCCACUUUUUGUCGGCCUUGCCAUGCGCCGAUAUGCCAUACUUGAGAGGCUCUUCGAAGACUUGGGGGUGGAUGUAGAGAAGGCGAAGGAGGCUGCAAAGGACAUUGACCUGGACAAGCUGCCGAGGCCAGCGCCAGGUGAUGUCCAGACUGGAAUUCUUGGUUGA